CAUGGCUGCCUUGAUAACCCCAAACAACAGCUCAGAGAUCUCCCAAGAAUGGCUGGAGAUCAUCCUCGGAGAUUACGAGUCUAGAACUCGACCAAGAUCAACCGUUCAUGUUACUUCCUUCAAGGUCAACCCAGAUGAUAAUGUAGAAAGAUAACUAGUACACAAUUCACUAACACAGGCCUGAGAAAAUCGUGAAUAAACACUUGCUUAAGUCGUUCUACUCACGUCUUAAGCAGCCCCAAUAAGUCUGGACCUCUGUGGCAAGAGAGGAAAAGUCGUUCUACUCACGUCUUAAGCAGCCCCAAUAAGUCUGGACCUCUGUGGCAAGAGAGGAAUCAAUUUUACAAUAAAUCUUGACUUCUACAACAAUUCAUAACAUCUUGGGCUCCUCGUUUCUAAAACAAGAUGUUGUUAACUCACUUUGAAUAAGACAAUGCCGAUACUUAUUGUGCUUGGAAGGAACUGAGUGUUCGCCUUCUAUCUUCUGUUGUACAUGUAAGUUGCACAUGUAAGUUGCUGUAAGUGCUCUCCAAUAAUGCUUUUUCAAGUAGUAUCAGCUGGGAGUGUAGCCUCGAAGCCGAUUGGGGAAGAAAAUGACAGAAAACUAAGCUGAUGCUGGAAGUGUAGCACAUGGAUCUAAACUGAAUAAAUCCACAAGGGCCGUGACAAGGAUUCGAACCUACGUCUGAGAGCAUCCCAGACGUGUAGCACGUGGAUCUAAACUGAAUAAAUCCACAAGAGCCGUGACGAGGAUUCGAACCUACGUCUGAGAGCAUCCCAGACGUGUAGCACAUGGAUCUAAACACAACAAAUUCACAAGGGCCGUGACGAGGAUUCGAACCUACGUCUGAGAGCAUCCCAGACGUGUAGCACAUGGAUCUAAACUGAAUAAAUCCACAAGAGCCGUGACGAGGAUUCGAAUCUAACGUCUGAGAGCAUCCAAGACGCUGCAUUAAUCGACUGACUAGUAUGUAAUGGAUCUAAAUUGCUUCUGGAAGUAAAUGAUCCGACCCCGAUCUGGUUUUAGAAGCAGAUGUAGCUAUUCGAAUGGCCCUAAGCUUUUGCUGGAAGUCUAAGGCGAUAUAGUGUUUGACCAGACCACACACUAGAAGGUGAAGGGACGACGACGUUUCGGUCCGUCCUGGACCAUUCUCAAGUCGAUUGCAACAUCGUAGUCACCAAAGCUAACGAUGGAAGUGGAAGCAGCUGAUAGUGUGGAUCCCCAAGUUGGUGUGGAAGAAGGCAGAAGUUAGCAGCGUCCAGUCCAGGUGGGAGAGUAGAUCCAAACUAGCCUGGGAUAGAGCAACAGCUGGCAGUGUAGUAGCCAGCUGGCUAAGUGUGGACAAAAGUUGUUGUGGGACACAACCCUGCUGUGUAGUGACCAUCUGGUUCAGACAACAGGUGGAAGGUGGUGUCCCGUAGGUGUGCGCCACGAUAACACAGCUGGCAGUGUAGUGUCCAGCUGUCAGACCGGUUUGAGGACACAGGAAGAUGGAUAUGACAGCCUACUACACCCUCCUCGCCCUCCUCCUCCUCACGGCCCAAGGGCACUCCAUGGGCAGCUUCAAGGGGGACUUGGAGUACUCAGCCGCCGACUACUAUUACUAUCAGGACUCCGGUGUCGAACCCCCGGCCUUCUCAGCUCGGCCACAGACCUUCACUGUGGAGGUGGGGCAGUCUGUCAUCAUCCCCUGUGACGUAGAGACGCCAAGCGGGCGCAACAGGCUAAUCAUCAAGAAAGUCCCAGCUAAUGGUGGCAGCGAGAAACUGCUAUCAGUGGGCACCGAUAAGGUGAUUCCAGACCCCAGAAUGGCUGUCGACGGCUCCAGACUCACCAUCUCCCACACGCGACCCAGAGACGCCGGCACUUUCAUCUGUCAGUUCGACCUGGAGCCGCCUCUUCAGCUGAGGCACAUCCUGGAUGUCCAGUACGCGCCCUCUGUCAGAUCCCUGGUGCCGCCAGAGCAGAGGGUCGCUAAGGGCCACAGCGUCACCCUGGAAUGCAAGGCGCAUGGAAACCCUGAGCCUAUUAUCCGCUGGUCUCGUCAAGAAGGUCCUCUUCCCUCAGGGCGCCCUAGUCAACAGGGGGAGAGGCUGGCCCUGGAGGCGGUGGAUCGCCACAUGGAAGGAACUUACCUCUGUACCGCCGACAACGGCAUCGGAGAACCCGCCUCCGCCGCCAUGUCCGUCACUGUCGAGUACCCGCCAGAGGUCACUGCGGAACAGACCAUUGUGAGGACAGGAGAGGGGGACAAGGUGGAGCUAGUGUGUGUGGUCCAUGGCCGCCCACCGCCAGACGUGGUCUGGACCCACAAUGGCCGCCCUCUACCAGACACCAUCAUGGACACCCAACUCCACCUACCGCAGCCGGAGGCCCACACCCGCACCACCCACCACACCCACCUCAGCCAGACUUAUUUCGCCCACCGCCACACUCUCACUAUCGACCCCGUCACGGAGGAAGACGUUGGGACAUACGUGUGUAUUGCUGAGAAUUCUCAAGGGCAGAAAACCGCUCAUAUACAAAUGACGAGUCUGCCCAAGCCUCCACAGGUCACUAGCAGCCCCAAUGGAGGGGAAAGCGACAAGUACACACUGACCUGGGAGACCGAGAGCUACUAUCCUAUCACAGAGUUCAUUAUCAGAUACCGCAGGACCCAUCUAGAUACGUGGCAGCAGAGAAACCCCAACCUGGUGAUGACGGACUCGUGGGAGAGCGUGUCGCGUCCUGUCGAAGAGGAGGUCGUGACCCAGGACUCACAUCAUUCCCUGGCUUACACACUCGACCCUCUCCGGGUCGCUACGGACUACGUCGCCAUCGUCAGGGUCAGGAACAAGUACGGCUGGUCGGCUGAGUCUGAAAGCUUCUUCUUCUCCACCAGAAAAACUAUGGCGGUCCAGCAGUCCUCCAGCUGUUCAAGAAGUCAGGUUACAGCUGCAUUCCUCGUGCUAAUACUGCUCCCACACCUGUUGGCUGGCAUAUAGGACUCUCUCACAUCUGUUCACUGGUAUAUACAAGUCUCCAACACCUGUUUCAGCAGUGUCUCGGUCCUGUUCACUGUCACAUGGAACAAAUAGUCGCCACGCAGAAAAGAUGUGCUGUUCAACACAGCACAAGUAACAGCUGUCGGUGAUACUUGUAGUGAAUAAAGACUUAACAAGUAACUUGACAAGUACCUUAACAAGAUCUCGCCAACUUAAACUUUUAAAAGUGGUAUUGAGGGAGAAAACAUAAAAAUUAUCCUUCGUGUGACCAGGAGACAAGAAAGUGUACUUUAAUUAAAGAGGAACUGCAAAACAUUCCUUUUGACCUGAGAGAGUUUGAGCGGAUUUGUCGCUUUACAUAAUAUUAUAAAUGACGAUUCGGACAUUUUCAGUGUGUGGCGCGGUGGUAUAGCUGCCUCAUAAUCAAAUCGACCCGAGUUCGAUUCCUGGGGCAAGAGUAAAACCUAUCGGGCUCAUUAACUUUUACACUUGAAACCUCUGUUCUCCUUGCAGUAAAUAUGCACCCGGAUGUUUGGUAACUGUAGUGGAUCACAGCUUGGGUAAAGUUCUCCAUUUACCAGUCAAAAGACCUCGAUAUGCCUGAGAACAUUCCUGGUUCAGGACAGUGAGGGAACUGUAUCUUUUAUUUCAUAGCAGGUUACCUGGUACUCGAUUGAGGAAUAGAGUCUGUUAUCAAUGUUGUUUGUGUUUAGGCCAGAGGACUCGUCUUUUGAAGGAAGUGAAGUCAAACAGUGUUUAGGCCAGAGGACUCGUCUUGUGAAGGAAGUGAAGUCAAACAGUGUUUAGGCCAGGGACUCGUCUUGUGAAGGAAGUGAAGUCAAACAGUGUUUAGGCCAGAGGACUCGUCUUUUGAAGGAAGUGAAGUCAAACAGUGUUUAGGCCAGAGGACUCGUCUUGUGAAGGAAGUGAAGUCAAACAGUGUUUAGGCCAGGGACUCGUCUUGUGAAGGAAGUGAAGUCAAGGACAGCUGUUGAAUCCAAUGUUAUAACUCUUGUCUCAUGCAAAUUCAUGACAAUAAUUAAUAGAGAUAUUUCUCUUCGGAGAUAGUCCUUGACGGCUGUUACUGUUUGUAAUAUGUGAACAUUUUGUAUCCUCUGAAUCAAAGUCCAGAGAGUGUUGUACCUUGGACUUCCUUGAGGCCAUUCCGAGAUCGCUGGGACAACGCUGGGACCAUCCCAGGAGCACUUAAAGCUGGGACAAAGCUGGGACCAUCCCAGGAGGUCAAAAAGCGAAGCUUAGACUGAAGCCAUCCUAUCAAACUCACUCUCUCUCUCUCUACAUCUCUCUCUCUCUCUCUCUCUCUCUCUCUCUCUCUCUCUCUCUCUCUCUCUCUCUCUCUCUCUCUCUCUCUCUCUCUCUCUCUCUCU